AUGAAAGUUCUCGUUGUCCUUGCUCAUCCUGAGCCCCGAUCCUUCAAUGGCUCUCUCUUCCAAGUCUCUAUCAACGAGCUCAAAGCUCAAGGUCAUCAAGUCAAGACCUCAGACCUAUACUCAAUGAAAUGGAAAGCCGAGAUCGAUCGCACAGACUUUCCUGAUCUAGCAACCGAUGCCCGUCUCAAGGUUGCAUACGCAUCAAGAGAUUCAUACACCUCAGGAAACCUUACCGAGGACGUCAGAACCGAACAAGAAAAGCUACUCUGGGCAGAUGUCGUGCUAUUUCACUUUCCCCUCUGGUGGUAUACCAUGCCUGCUAUUCUCAAGGGGUGGGUCGAAAGAGUCUUCGCUAUGGGUUUCGCUUAUGGAUGUGGCGAACAUAGCGAUAAGCAUUAUGGCGACAGAUAUGGCGAGGGGGUUUUCGCUGGAAAGCGGGCGAUGCUUAUCGUUACUGCUGGGGGCCAAAGAGAGCACUUCUCGACACGCGGAAUUGCGGGACACAUUGACGACUUACUCUUUCCUAUCAACCAUGGAGUCCUAUACUAUGCCGGGUUUCAGGUUCUUCCAUCUCACGUCGUUUAUCAGACAGAUAGACUGGAUCAAGCUGGCUUUGAGAAAGAGGCGGAGACGCUUCGUGAAAAGCUGAGGCAUUUGGAUACCAUAGAACCUAUUGCUUACAGGCCUCAAAAUGGCGGUGGUUAUGAGAUACCUGCCUUGACCCUCAAGACAGGGCUGGAGGGGAACGCCACAGGGUACUCAAUGCAUAUUCGUAACGGCGGAGUAGCCGAGACAAGUGAUGGGAAGUCUUAA